GCACUGUGUGUCGUGCUAGCUAGAGGCGGUGUCAUGUCGAUCCUGGGCCUGGGCAAGGUUUGCUGGCUGCCAGGCCAAAUCUACCACCGUGGACUCGCCGUUCCCUGCCAUACUUAGCAAGAGACCAUGGAAUUAGACGAACUCCUCGCUGAUCUCCAGUCGGCUCUCCCUCCCGACGUGGAGCCUUCCUCCCCGUACCCGCCUCUCUCCAAUGGCAGCGGGUUCGGAUCUCAUAAUCACAGAGAGCAGCACACGUAUGAGUCGGCAGACCCCGAGGAGGAGGCGGGGUUUGUGGCCAGCUACGAGAUGCCGCACUCCUCUGCGGAGAGAUCUGUCAGCCCUGAGUCUCAGCCAGGAGAAGAAGAGAUCCAGUACAGUGAGGUGAGGAAGGGACCUCGCUACGUCCCCAAGAGCCGCUCUGAGUCCCGCUCCCCACCCCCCCACGGAGUCAUCUCCCCACCCCCCAAGGUCCCCCGCAGUCCGGGGGGCAUCUCCGAACUGGACUCCCUCCUGGAGAUGUUGAAUGAGACGCAGAUCAACAGCAAAGCUUCCUGUCUGUGGUCCUCCAUAAAAGCCCCUGUCUCCCGGUAAUACAGGCAGUUCGUGACCUCUCCAUUGUUAGCUCUGCCAGUGGCCCCCCUGGUGACUGUGUGUGAGAGUCUUGCUGGGAGCUAUAGAGGCUUCAUAUCGACAGCCUCUGACCGCCUGUAGUACUAAUGCCAGUUCUAUAGAGAGAGUCUCAGUUGUGUGAGAGAGAGUCUACUUUGCUUGCUGCCUAAAGUGAAGAGGUUGGAACUACAGUACUUUGCUUGCUGCCUAAAGUGAAGAGGUUGGAACUCCAGUACUUUGCUUGCUGCCUAAAGUGAAGAGGUUCGAACUCCAGUACUUUGCUUGCUGCCUAAAGUGAAGAGGUUGGAACUACAGUACUUUGGUUGCUACUGGUACUUUGGUUGCUGCUGAGGCCCCUGGAGGUAACUACUGAAGCUGAGGAGUCCAGAUCUCAGUGUUGAAUUUGACAGAGUUCUGACGUACAGUAAUCAGUGAGGUUCAACAGUGAGACUUGUUGAGGAGUUCUUUCCCUGCCUCUGGCUGUCUUCCCAGUGCAGUGGGACACCACUGGCUCUUUCAGGACAGCUUCUCUGUGAGCCUUUUCAGGACAGCUUCUUUCAAGAGACCUCCUUCCAGGGCAACUCAAUCUUCCUGUAAUCUGUAGCAGGAAGAAGAUGACCACACACUACAGUUCUUCAACGCAACCUCGGCGGACGUCAGGUCGUACCCACCCUCCCCUCCCUCCUCUCUCCACCCUCCCUCGCUCCUUCUCAAGCUCCCUGGACAACCACGGACCCCCCAGUCCGAAAUCUCACACGAUGGCCCCCCGAGGCCGCCGGCCCCACUACAGCACGUCGACAGCUCCCGCCUACCGGAUCUCCCAAAAUGGAGAGCUCACGCUAACCAAGAGAAUCCUCUCCACCGCAGGUCAAACAGGGAGCACACAGGACUUGCGUGUGCUGCUCAGCGAUGCUCUGGCACUCACAGAGAAACUGGAUUCAGUGACGGCAUCAGUUGGAAGUCGACCCACUAGCUCGACAAGCACAAGGCUCUCUGCUAGCUCAGUCUUCCUCAACAGUCCUGUGGCAAAGAGCCCUCGGAGCCCUGUGGUCAAAAGCCCGCGGAGCCCUGUGGUACGGAGUCCCGGUGCUUAUUCUGAGACCCGUUCCAUGUUCCGAGCCCGGAGUCUCGGGAAUGGGCUCGACGAUGUGGGUAUUACGUCGCCUGAGCAUCACUACGAGACUUCGGCCACUUUCUCUCCAGCAAGAGCUGCUUCGACCACUCCUGUGAGGAAGUCCCAGCUCGUUCAAAACGGGCACACGUCCCCUCCUCUGGCAUCGGGGACCCUCCCUCACCUUCGCAGGGGGUCUCCCCUCCUUAACGACGCUCGUAACAGCGACUACGACACACCAAAAGCUGCGCACACCUCCCGCCAGUUAUCGCAGAAGAGCUUAAUGUCACAGAAGAGCGUAACUUCAAUAUCAUCGCAAAUGAGCACAGGAUCAGCUGCUCCACAUAAGUCGACUAUAUACUCCAACGGACAUCAUAACGAAGGGGCAAAGGAGCCCGCGGGGAAGGUUAAGAAAUCUGACAGCGUCGACAUUGGUCUUGAUUGUAUCGCUCAACUUGAGGCGUUGGAGAUGGAGCUACGCAGCUAUGAGCCGGCACAGGGCCCUCCGAGCAGCCAGGAGGAGAGAGGAGAGGUGGGGAGCAGCAAUGUGGAGAUAGAGAGCCACUAUGAGGUGGACCCUCACUACAUACCCACACCAAAGAAGGAGAGGUCCGUCCCCCCGUCUGAGAGGGUAGGUGGUGUCCGACCAACCAUGAAAGAUUUCGUUGACGAGCUGACAGAGGUCGAGCAAAAGGUCAGUGAGGACCUUAGCGACCCCCACCGUCCUCGUGGAAUGACGUCGUCAACGGCAACCAGGGAACUGGACGAGCUUAUGGCAAACCUCUCGAACUUCGAACCCGCGUCUUCGUCCUCCGGGGGGGAUGUGGAGAGGAUGGAGGGGGGCGGGGCAGUUGCUAGGGAGUCAGGGAAGACACGGUCGACGGCCAUGGACAACCUCAACUCCAUGUUAGGAUCGCUGGACGAAGUCAUGACCAAGAGACAUGGAGUCAACACAACCGCCAAAGGAGUGUGUGCAGCAUGCAACAAGCCCAUCUUGACCAAGGUGGUCAACGCCCUCGGCUGCCAGUGGCACAAGGAGCACUUCACGUGCGCCCAGUGCGAUGUGGAACUCGGUAGCUCCACCUACUACGAGAGCAACGGACGGCCGUAUUGCGAGAAGGACUAUCACGAGUUGUUUGCUCCUCGCUGUGCCUACUGCAACGGCCCCAUUCUGGAGAGGGUCCUGAGGGCGCUGGACAAGACUUGGCACAAGGAGCACUUCUUCUGCACGUUGUGUGGCAAAGAUUUCGGAGCUGAAGGCUACCACGAGAAAGACGGGAAGGCAUUCUGCCGGGAGUGCUACUAUGAGAAGUUUGCUCCUCGCUGCAAGAGGUGUGAGAAGGCCAUAAUGGAGGGAUUCGUCACCGCCCUCGGCUCCCAGUGGCACCCCGAGUGCUUCUGCUGCAAGGUGUGUGGAGUGACGUUUCCUCGAGGGAACUAUUUCGACCACGAGGGAGAGCCGCACUGCGAGAUCCAUUACCACGCCUCUCGCGGGACUCUCUGUGCCUCCUGCCAGAAACCUGUCACUGGAAAGUGUAUAACUGCGAUGGGUCGCAAGUGGCAUCCUGAACACUUCACGUGCGCAUUUUGCCUCAAACUGCUGCAACAAGGGCACCUUCAAGGAGCAUCGCCACAACCCUUACUGCCAGCCUUGCUUCAUCAAGCUCUUCGGCUAGCCAGCAGCCCCACCCCUCCCACCCUACCACUGCUAUGUUAUAUCUACUGACAUUAUGCCACUACUGUAACAUGUGUUGCUGAGAGUCACCACUAGCUGCUAACUUUCACCAGUUGUUGAAAAGAGUCUAGUUUUGUGCUGUAGAUAUUAUUGAUAGAGUGUAUAUAAUAUACAGACAUUGUACUAUUGAAGUCAGUAUGUUGUAACUUGUAGAUGCUAAUUUUUUAUGACCUUGUCAGGGUAUCAAAAAAAACGAAUA